CUCUUGACUACCCAACUCAGCUGAGAAUCCCAUACAAAUUCUAUGUGAAUCCCAGCUAAGAUGGAUAACAUAAAGAUGAAUCAUUUUUCACAUGAAGUCUCGUAUUAUUGAUAUCAUUCUGAUUAUUCGAUUAUUUGAUUCUUUAUUCACUGUUCCUUACCCCACUUGCUUACCCCGCUUUCUUUGUCUAAUGAUCAAACUGAUGAUUCAUGAUUCUGAUCUAGAAUCAUUCACUGAAAAUGAUAAAUAAGGUCUUUCAUCCCCCAGCUCAAGCAAGCAAGCAAGUUGAAUUCAUUCACUUCCUA